UCCGUGGCACGAGCAGGUCAUUUCGUGGGCGAGCUUUGCACUGAACGCGCGUCCACUGCAGCAGCGAUUGCUGUGGGAGGGGGCCGGGCCAAGAGGAGGGGGGGACGGAUCCCGACGAGGAAACUGACUGUGACACAAGACCGGCUGCAUCUGAUCUGGAGCCGGUGGGCGGUGCAGACCCCUGAAGAUACAGGGAACCUGCGGAUGCUGACCAAAGGAUGCGACCGGUCAGGAGUUGCCUCUAGAGGGAAGCAUCAUAGUUGGUAUUUUUUUUGUGGAAACAUGACAUCGGAUGCGGAGGAAGGCACCACCAUGAAAACAACAGGCCUCCUUUGUCUGCAAAAUCUCAGUGGAAAAAGGAUAAACGGACAAUAAUUAGUUAUUUUCCUGGAAAAACAGUUUUGUUUUCCAGAUCGAUCCUGAGAUUUUGCCUCUGCAAGGACGUCUCUUCAGGCUGUAAAUCUAUUGGUCGGAGGGGUGAGGACGACAAAGCAGCAGCUUAGAAGACGGGACGGUGCGUAAACACCCGCUGCUCAAGAUCUACUUAUGAGUCUUUAAAGGCUCGCUGCCAGAGAGAGGUGAUGCAAUUUGAUGAAAGCUGUCACUUGUGAUUCACAGCUGAGGCCUUGCUUGGAGCAUCUGCAGGAAUAGGCUGUUUCCAGGGCUGGAUAUGACUGAGGGGGGUUACAGGCCCCAGUAAACAAACUCAUUUCAGUGGUGUAGACCAGUACGCAUCCCCUGACACCGCACAGGCUCGUUUGCGUCGGUAGAUGCUCUUCUCUCUGACUUUCUUCCUGUGGCGACUCUAUCGACAUUUCUCCAUCAUGUUCAGCUCAGACAGACUCACCGUGCCGGAAUAUGUCAGCCGGUUGCAGAGAGGGAGGAGCGGUUCCGGGUGCGAUCCCAAGGCGAUCUCUCCGGGAAUCCAUGCCGACGUGCAGGCGGUUUUGGACACCUCGCUUCCCGCCCUGCGCUCCGCAAUCAGGAGGCUUAAGUCGGCCAAGGAGACCUCCGACUCAGACGAGACCCGCGGAGCCAUAGCCGAGAUCUUUCAGCUGGUGGAGGAGGCCUGGGUUUUGCCCACCGUGGGGCGUCAGGUCGCCGAGGAGAUCUGCAACAGAAUCCGGCUGGAUGGAGGCCUGGAGCUGCUGCUUCACCUCCAACAGACACCUGCCGUGGAGAUCACGUACGAGUCUGCAAAACUGCUGGAGCAGAUUCUGAUCUCGGAGAACAGGGAUUAUGUAGCACGCAUAGGUCUGGGGGUCAUCCUCAACCUGACUCGACAGCAGGAAGAUGCCCAGCUGGCUCGCAGUGUCUCCGGCAUCCUAGAGCACAUGUUCAAACACACCGAGGAGACGUCCGUCCAGCUCAUCUCUAACGGUGCCCUGGAUGCCCUCCUCUUCUGGUGCAGAGGCACGGACCCCACUGUGCUGCGUCACUGUGCUGUGGCCCUAGCCAACUGUGCCAUGUACGGAGGCCACCGCUGCCAGCGGUGGAUGAUCGAGAAGCAGGCUGCCGAGUGGCUUUUCCCUCUGGCUUUUUCCAAGGAGGAUGAACUCAUCCGCUUCCACGCCUGCUUGGCUGUGACUGUCUUGGCUGCGAACAAAGAAAUUGAGAAAGAGGUGGUGAAGUCGGGAACUUUGGAGCUGGUGGAGCCGUUCAUCGCGUCUUUGGAUCCGGAUGACUUCGCUCGCAGUUUAUUGGACAGUGCAGACUCUAUGCAGGGGAGGACCGCAUCCGAUCUACAGCAGCUCUUGCCUUUACUGGAUGGCACAAGGCUGGAGGGAAAAUGCAUUGCAGCCUUUUACCUUUGUGUUGAGACCAGCAUCAAGUCUCGUCAACGCAACACCAAGAUCUUUCAAGAGAUUGGGGCAGUGCAGAGCCUAAAAAGAAUAGUCAUGUACUCCAGUAAUGGCACAGCCUGCGGCCUCGCCAAGCGGGCGCUGAGCAUGAUGGGAGAGGAAGUGCCAAAACGAAUCCUGUCAACUGUACCCAACUGGAAAACGUGUGAAGUGCAGAGAUGGCUGCAGCAGAUUGGCUUCAGUGCCUUCUGUGACCGUUUCCAGGAGCUUCAAGUGGAUGGAGACCUGCUGUUGAACAUCACAGAGCAGGAUCUGAGCUCUGACUUGGGCAUGACUGCAGGCCUCACCCGCAAGAGGUUUCUCAGAGACUUGCGUGUGCUGAAGACCUAUGCCAACUACUCCACAUGCGACCCAAACAACAUGGCUGACUGGUUAGUCGAGGUGGACCCUCGAUUCCGUCAGUACACGUACGGCAUGGUGCAGUCGGGAGUGGACCGCAGCAACAUCCAGACCCUCACCGAUCUGCAGCUCCAGCACGACUGCCACAUAGACAACGGAGUCCACAGAGCAAAGAUAUUGUCUGCAAGUCGCAAGCCCUUAAAACCGUGUCACACCGAUGCUCAGCCUGCGGGGCCCGAUGUCUUCAUCAGCUACCGUCGCACCACCGGCUCCCAACUGGCAAGCCUUCUGAAGGUGCACCUGCAGGUUAGAGGAUACAGCGUCUUCAUAGAUGUAGAGAAGCUGGAGGCCGGCAAAUUCGAGGACAAGCUGAUUCAGAGUGUGCAGAGGGCACGUAACUUCAUCCUGGUCCUGUCCGCCAACGCACUCGACAAGUGCAUGGGUGACACCGGCAUGAAAGACUGGGUGCAUAAGGAGAUAGUCACGGCCCUGGCUGGUAAGAAGAACAUAGUUCCUGUCACAGAUAAUUUCAUGUGGCCUGACCCCAUGUCUCUACCAGACGACAUGAGAGCAAUUCUCAACUUCAACGGCAUCAAAUGGUCCCAUGAGUAUCAGGAGGCCACCAUCGAGAAGAUCCUGCGCUUUCUGAAGGAACGCCAAGACCAAAUUGACGGCCCAGUCGGCUCCAAAGGGCAGAAGAAGAAAGAGGCCGACGUAAACAAAGCUUGACCUCAGCUAUAAUCCUGUAUAUUCCUCCUGUCCUAUAUGUCGACCUGUUUCUGCCCUGCCCAAAAGCAUGUGAAAUGAAUUCAGUUACGUUAACACCUAAUAUGGAAACAUCAUUAAACAAAUGAAUGGGAUUUAAAAGGGGACUUCAGGUUGUACGUAACAAGCCUUUAAAGUCAGCUCUCUCACACUGCUGUAUAUGUGUAAUCAGGUACAGUAUACGCCUUCUGUAUCUCAGGAAAAUAACUGUGAUAGACCAGUUGUCAUUUAGCACCCAGCAAAGUCAUCCACGAACACUUCAUAACGGUUACUGCAUAAGGAAUCACCUUUUGUUUAACCUGUAAAAAGGACCAACGCAGGUCUCUGAUUUUACUGACAUGUCUGUUUUGUUUCCAGGUUGUGUUACAAAAAGAAACCUCAACGAAAACAUCCGUGUAGUAUUAAGGAAAAGUUUGCAUUAUUAGAGUAGAUAAAGGUAACAUACACUAACAGAACUUAAAAGUACAGUUGAUAUCAGAUUUAUUUCUCAGUGUUAAGUCAUGAUGAUUAAUUAAUUAUCCAUCUGCUCAGCAACUGAAACUGUGUACUAGUCAAAAAAAAAAACAACAACGGAAAACUAAUCCAGCAAUAUAACACCUCGGAUAACAGACUACUGUAAAGUCAAGAAAAAGAUUCUGCUCUGAUGAAAUAAAUAUGAUUUAUAAAGUCCUGUUAAUGAACCACAGUAGCCAUCAGGGUGUGUUAGUCAAGUUCAUUGAUCAAUAAAAUUGCUGUAACUUGCAGCCUCGUUCGGUAUCAAUAAGGCACUCGGAGGCUUGAAAUGAGAUUUAUUUAAGUGGUCUUUCCAAAUUAAGUUAUCCGAUCAUGCCUUAAUUUUGUUUUCCUGUAAUGCUCACCUCAUUAAUUAAAUGUACUCCUCUGUGUAUUUAUUAAAGUUAUCUUUGUUUGUCCAGUACUAA